AUGUUGAGCUUGAUUCUCCUGUUAUUGGCGACUCUGAGCCACGCUCAGGUCCAACUGCUCAAUGUUUCGGCCAACGAUGGUACAUCAUCAACCUGUAUCACGGUGCUGAAUUCACAAGUCACCUGUGACAACAAUCUUGUGAGGGCUGGAGACACAAUUCAAGGAAACCCGGUCUUUGGAACGCCGCUGUUUCUGACGUCUGCUCAACUCGCUAGUCUGUGUACGACCUCCUGCUCGUCGUCGCUCUCUGGAUGGGAAAGGAGGGUAGCUGGAGCUUGUGGUGCAACGCUGUACGACCAGCCUGACGGUGGAAAAGCAGCACCGGCUGCUUUGGUUCAAAACUAUAUUGAACUAUUCGACUCGCUCUGUCUAAAGAAUAGUGCUGGUCAAUAUUGCAAUGAUGUUAUCGGCAAAGCGCUGGCUGUGGACCCGUCCAACGGCAUGGUCACUGGAACUCCUGCCUCUACUAUAUUAUGCGAUGAUUGCUAUUUGUCCCUGGUCUCUACCCAGUUGGCAAUGCCCAUGGCGUCUACUAGCAUUCUCGCUGAUGACUUCAAAUUCUUGACUUCUUCCUGCAGCAAAACGGGGUGGACUCUAUCCUCGCCACCUACUGCAACGACCUUUACGACCCGCCCAACGGUAUCGCCACCGGCAGCCGCGAAUUGCUCAGGGGAGUGGCACACCAUCACAGCCUCCGAUACAUGCACCGGUAUCUCUCUGGCAGAGGGCAUCAGUACCGAUGAUCUCGCCCGGUCUAAUACAAUACCUUCGUUUUGCUACAAUUUCCCAACGUCGGGCGACUUGUGCAUCCCUUCGGACCGGAAAUGCCAACCGUACUUGGUCAAAUCGACCGAUACAUGCUAUUCCUUGCAGAAACAGUUUGGCAUACAAUACGCGCAGCUUAUAUCCUGGAACCCAACCUUGGGACCCAAAUGUAACAAUAUUGAUAGCAUCGUCGGCUACGUGAUAUGUGCCACGACUCCGGGCGGCGGCUGGGUGAACCCAAAUCCGCAGCCGUCGAUGACCACGACCUGGAGUACCGGAACGCCGCUUUGGACGGCUUCGCUCACGCCCAUGAGCGCGUACCCGUCGGCAACGUACGUGGCCAACACGACGGCCGCGCCCUAUGCCACCGACACUCGCAUGGACUGCAUAACGUACAUUACAUCGCCAAUUCUGACCAAUUAUACCGGCAAUGGUACGACAAGCCUGGCAUGCGAAGAUGUAGCAUCGCAGUACGGCAUCAGCACGUCGGACUUUGUCGACUGGAACCCGUCCCUCAACUCUUCUGAUCCGUGCACCAUGGCUGUAGAUACCCAAUACUGUGCUCAGACGUAUGCAAAGGUGUCACAGAACAUUGUCGGCGCAUGCACAGAACUAGAUAUUGUGCCGGCUGGGUACGACUGUGCUGGAUUUGCCAGUUCACUCGGCCUCGAGUUGGAUCGAUUCAAGCUCUGGAACCCCGAACUCGACAGUGACUGCUCAAACUUUAAAGUUGGUACCCAAUAUUGUGUUGCCGUUGCCCAUUACAAACAACCCGGUAUUAUCUCGACUUGCAACAAAUUUGCCACGCCCAACAACACCAACUGGGCACUUAACCCGUGCCAAAUAUUGGAAACGGAAUUUGGCCUUGGCCAUGCCCGCUUCGUGGCAUGGAACCCGGCAGUUCUGAACAACUGCACGGGAUUAUAUCAAGGCUAUGAUUACUGCGUAUCCAUUCCCAACUUUACGCCCGUGUAUACAACUACGACUUCUGCUACAGUCGCUGCACUUGUGGCGCAGGCAACUACCGCGUCCAGUUUGACCGACACGAGUACUUCAAAUGUGGUAUCCUCCACAACCUCUUUGCCCAGGAGCACCUCGACAACGGUCGCGUAG